AUGAAGACAACCAGCGCGGAGGUCGUGGACCGACAGCCAGCACAAGCUUCAGCAACAGCAACAGCGACAGCAACGAGUCCGCUCAGGGGGCUCAAGCGCACAGCAGACGACUCGUUCGAUGAUGAUCACCGGUUUGCGAAGCGCUUCAAUUUGCUCAAUCUAGCCAGACCCCAACUCCAAACCGCCGUGACCGCAUCCCCUCCCACCGAAGAGCAUAUGCAACUAGACGACACCAAACACCGCGUCUACAUCCACAAUCUCGACGACGAACUCGCCGACAUCGAGUCCGACGAAGAAAAACUCGUCUUCCUCCCAGACAUUGAAAAGAAGCUCAACGCAAUACCCAGACACAUUCUCGUCGGAGAGAAAAAGGACUCCCACCAAGAGCUUGUUCUCUACACUCUACCCCCGUCGUUGUCUGUGCCUCUGGAGCAGGAUAAUGUACGCAAAGCCAUACUAGAAGCUCGUGAACGUGCAAAGGACAGGGCUGCAUUAGCUUCCAGCGCCGCUGAUGGCACGCCGCCAGAGGACCAGAUAGAAACUGCCCAUGGCUACGACUCUCCAGAUUACGGCUUGGACGAAGACACAAACGACAUGGAACAAGAUGACGACGCGAUGGAUCUAUCAUGA